UCGCCCAAAUAUUCGCGUUGACUAUUUGAGAUACACACGGCGACAUUGGCUGGGGGUCGUCUGGCACCCGACAAGGGACGGUUGCUGUGGUGCAGGUCAGGUCGCGCAGAAGCUGCGUACACCAGCCGUACAGAGACGCCCAGGUGCAGCGCUACCAGAGCGGCAAGGGGAAUCGCGCUUUCCCAUUUAUCAACGAUUGGUGCUUCAAAAUGGCGGGCCAGCAGUACUGCUUGCGAUGGAACGACUUUCAGUCGAACAUGGUCUCUUCCUUUAAACACCUGCGCAGCGAGAAAAAUUUCCUGGACGUAACGCUGGCCUGCGAAGGUCAGACGUGUAAGGCGCACAAGAUGGUACUCUCUGCCUGUUCACCGUAUUUCAAGACGCUGCUAGAGGAGAACCCGUCGAAGCAUCCGAUCAUCAUCCUCAAGGACGUGCCGUUCGGCCAUCUGCAGGCGAUCCUCGAGUUCAUGUACGCCGGCGAGGUGAACGUGGGCCAGGAUCAGCUGCCCGACCUGCUCAAGACGGCCGAGAAGCUCAAGGUCAAGGGACUGAUCGACGUCAACAAGAUGUGAGGCGGCCGGCGGAGCGGCCGGUCGGUCGCCGAGGCUGGCAGCUGAGAGACGCGGCGGUUGCGGGCCGCCCGCCGGACGUGAUAGCCGCGCUGCCGGGGCGGCGGCGGGACGACCCGGCGCGUGGGACGUCGGCGGGGCCUCGCCCGCCACGUCGUGGAGCGGUGAGAGACCGCGGCGAGAGCAGUGAGAGGUGCCCGCGCCGUCAGCAGUGAGGUGCCGCGCGUGCCGGCGAGCAUGUGAGAGGCCGCCGCUCGCGGACGGACGUGCCGGCGCCUGCGCAGCGUCGUAGGCGACGAGGAGCCGGGAGGGGAGGGACAGUGCUGGCGCGGAGUGGCGUCAGUUGUUGGUGCGGGUGGAAUCGGGCGUGGUGCGCUGGAGGACGGUGUAUGAUAUUGUCUCAUCGGUUGUGCGAUUGUUAAUGUCACAUUUCGAUCGUGCCUCAUGCUAUUUUGUCAUCGUGUCUCCUGGAUUUUUUAUACGCGUCCACCUUGCGUUAGGUCAUAUUUAGCUUUCUUCGGUUGGCGCAGUGGUUUUCAUCCGGCGUUUGUUGUGAGGUGAUAUGAAUAAAUGUCAAUGUUUUUAGUUCGUUUGUAAUACACGUUCACUCGCAGUCUA